AGCUUUUUGUCCACUUGCAGUCACCGUAGCCUGACGGUGGGGUGGAGCUAGCUGAGUGGCUGGGGAAAGAUGGCGGCCUCAGUCUGGUGUUGCCGGGUGCCCUGCAGAGUCUUUCUGUCUCCAAGGAUAGGUCUGUGUCAGGAGCCGCGCUCUCUGUUUCUAGGCUAUGAUGUUUCUCCACCCGCAUUAUCUGUUCUUCAGCAAGACCGUCAAGUUCAUUACUCUGUGAUUCCUCAUGGAAGGAGUGGGCGCUCUUCUGUCAGUGGCAUUGUGGCCACUGUCUUUGGGGCUACAGGCUUUCUGGGUCGAUAUGUUGUUAAUCGUCUGGGGCGCAUUGGUUCCCAAGUCAUCAUCCCGCAUCGCUGUGAUCAGUAUGACCUCAUGUACCUUCGACCUAUGGGUGACCUGGGACAGCUCCUGUUCGUGGAAUGGGACUCGCGUGAUAAAGAUUCUAUCCGAAGAGCUAUUGAGCACAGCAAUGUAGUCAUCAAUCUGGUUGGCAAAGAAUGGGAAACAAGAAACUUCAAGUAUGAAGACAUCUUCGUUAGUAUUCCCAGGGAGAUUGCUCAGCUCUCAAAGGAAGCUGGGGUAGAAAAACUUAUUCACAUUUCUCAUCUGAAUGCAGACAUGAAAAGUCCUUCAAAAUACCUUAGGAAUAAAGCUGUUGGAGAGAAGGUUGUGAGAGAGGAAUUUCCAGGUGCUAUCAUUAUGAAGCCUUCUGAAAUGUUUGGGAGAGAGGACAGGUUUUUAAACCAUUAUGCAAACAUGCGCUGGUUUGUUGGGAUGCCUCUGAUUGCUUUGGGCAAGAAAACUGUGAAGCAGCCUAUCUAUGUUGUUGAUGUAGCAAAGGCAAUAAUUAGUGCUAUUAAGGACCCCGAUUCGAAAGGAAAAACAUAUACAUUGACUGGACCUAACAGAUACCUUCUUCGUGACUUGGUAGAGUACAUGUAUGCAGUGCUCCACAGACCUUUUCUCCCAUAUCCUUUGCCUCAGCCUCUGUAUCACUUGCUUGCAAGAUUAUUUGAGACAAAUCCAUUCGAACCAUGGACAACAAGAGACAAAGUGGACCGGUUCCACACCACAGACAUGAGGUUCCCUGAUCUUCCUGGAUUGGAGGAUUUGGGUAUUGUCUCAACUCCCAUAGAACAGAAAGCAAUUGAAGUUCUGCGGCGUCACCGCAAGUUCCGCUGGUUGGAAGCUGAGCUUGAGGAAGCAAAACCAGCCACGCCUGUUACAAACAUGUAAUCGACUUCUACAGCUUUUCAGACUAACCAGUCUGUUUGACCUCAUUUUUGAAGAAAUCUAUACAUACCAAGUUAAAUCCCUAUAUAAAUCAUGUAACCUUUA